ACGCAUUUUCUCUACAUCGAGAAAAAAUGGCGGCAGUGUUGGAGCUCCAUGCUUCUCCGCGAGUACACGGCUCCUCCUUCUCUCUCGUGCUCCCUCGCCGCUUCCGCUCCUCAAUCUCUUGCUGCUCCAACGACGUGGCCGUGCGUCCCCUUGUGCUCACUGAUGCCGAGCAGCGCAGUGUUGUUCGCCUCGGUCUACCCAGCAAGGGCCGCAUGGCUGAAGAAACCCUAGAUCUCCUCAAGGCGUGCCAAUUGACGGUGAAGCAGGUGAACCCUCGGCAAUACGUGGCUUUCAUCCCUCAGCUCUCAAACUUGGAGGUGUGGUUUCAGCGUCCCAAUGAUAUUGUGAGGAAAUUACAAUCUGGAGAUCUAGACCUUGGUAUCGUAGGGUUCGAUACAUACUGUGAAUAUGGACGGGGAAAUGAGGAUUUGAUGAUUAUUCAUGAUGAGCUUGGUUAUGGACACUGUCGUUUAUCACUUGCAAUUCCUAGAUAUGGAAUUUUUGAAAAUAUCAACUCUCUAAAAGAGUUAGCUCAAAUGCCUCACUGGACAGAUGAGAGACCUUUGCGAAUAGUUACUGGAUUUACAUAUUUGGGCCGAAAAUUUAUGGAGGAGAAAGGUCUGAAGCAUGUUAGAUUUUUGACCGCUGAUGGUGCACUUGAGGCAAGCCCUGCGAUGGGCAUAGCUGAUGCCAUUGUGGAUCUAGUGAGUAGUGGGACAACGUUGCGAGAAAACAAUUUGAAAGAAAUAGAAGAUGGAGUUUUGCUAGAAAGCCAGGGUGUACUUAUUGCUAAUAAAAAAUCCUUGAUCCAGCGUAAAGGACUAUUAGACAUUACUCAUGAAAUUCUUGAAAGACUAGAAGCUCAUCUAAGGGCAGCUGGUCAAUUUACGGUCAUUGCAAACAUGAGGGGAAACAAUGCACAAGAAGUGGCAGAUCGAGUUCUUAGCCAACCUUCACUAUCUGGGUUGCAGGGGCCUACUAUAAGUCCAGUGUAUUGCAAACGAAAUGGGAAGGUAACAGUAGACUAUUAUGCGAUUGUAAUAUGUGUGCCUCAAAAGGCCCUCUACAAGUCUGUUCAGCAGCUGAGAUCAAUAAGUGGCAGCGGGGUUUUGGUUUCUAAUUUAACAUACAUAUUUGAAGAAGAGACUCCUAGAUGGCGCAAACUUCUAUCCGAGCUCGGGUUAUGACUUUCAACUCAUAAUUCAUCUGAUAAUGCACCUGUCCUUGAUGUCAAACCUUGUUAUUCGGAAUUACCGUGCAAAUGAUCUUGGUUCUGGUUGGUGAGGGAUUUCUUUUUGAUUGCAUGCAUUACCAAAUGAUACAAACAAAUGUGGAUUUUUUAAUGCCUACUUAAUCAGUUAUUUGUCUCAUGCUUGUUCUACAUUAACUGCCCCCCAUGUCCCUAUAUAUAUUGCAUUUAUAUAUUUAAGUUAUGUUUCACCUGUUUACAUUUAAAUAUCCAUGGCUUUCUCUCCUAAAAAUUAUGAGAAAGCUUUGCAUGUUC